AUGAGCGACUUCAUUGAAGGACAGCCCAUCUCGAAGCUGCCACAGACUCUCCAGGAUGCAGUGCGCAUUUCUCACAAUCUUGGCUUCAAGUUUAUCUGGAUUGACGCCCUCUGCAUCGUUCAAGAUGACGAAAAUGACUGGGUGGAACAGUCGGCCCUAAUGGCGGACAUAUACCGACAUAGUAGCCUCAACUUGUGCGCCGCGGAUUCAGCAGGUUGUGGUUCAGGAAUUGUGGAAAUGGCAGCGCCGCACUUGAUGGAAAUUGCUGCUGCAACGACUCAAUUCACGGAUGCUGGUUUGAGGGAAACAGUCGUUCUCGUAGGAGGCCCCAUCUCCAGGUACGUUAUCGACUGGAGUGGAUGUGGGCUUCUGUCCAGGGGAUGGGUCUUCCAGGAGGGCCUCUGCUCCCCUCGUGGCCUCUAUGUUAGCCGUCGGCACGGCUUGUUGUGGGACUGCGGAACGAUGAUCGAUAUGAUUGACAGCGAUGAGUCUAUACUAACUGGGGAUGCUGAUCAUGCCUUUAACCCACGAAACGAAAGGCGGUCCUUUUUGUCUCUUACGAAGCUUCCGAAGCAUGACUCCAUGGCAGCCCGAAACUUCUCUUUCACCUGGUAUGACUGGAUUAGGGAGUUCACAUCGAGAUACCUCACGCGAAAAACAGAUCGGCUACCUGCCGUAGCGGGCAUGGCCUCUUAUGUCGCCUCGCUGUCGGGAAUGAAGUAUAAGGCCGGAUUGUGGGAGGAGGACAUUCUACGCGGAUUGAUGUGGCGCGGCGCACCUACUUGGAGCUGGGCCUCGAUCAACGGGCCAGUCUGCUACGACGAGUUCUUUAACAUGCUUGUUAACAAACGCGGGAAGAUUGACCAUCAUGCUGAGCUGGACCUUGAGAUCACGGAUACAAUCAUCGAAGAAGAGCAGGCAGGUACAUUUGGGAAUGUACGGCGCGGAGAGAUCAAGGCCUCUGGCGUCUUGAAGCACGCGGCUACUAUGCUGCUGAGGGAACAAUGGGAGCCAAAAUGGGGAUUCGAUAUACAGCCUACAGAACCAGAAGCUGACGUCCUUGAACACUGCCAAGUACUUCGACUCGCGAGAGUCUAUCGGGAUAAGCAGUACACCUCCCCGGUUGUCUAUUUUCUGAUCAUCCGGAAAACAGGUCGGCGCGAAAAUGAAUACCAGCGCGUCGGCCAGGGGCGUAUCGAGCUAGAAUACGACCAACACCCGAAUCGAUUACGUUUCUCUUUCAGGGAAUGGGAAAGCCCAAAGCUCAAGCCAAGCCCCUCAGAGGAGAAUAUGUGGGGGGAGCCUGAGAAAGUUGUAAUGGUUCUUGUUUAA